AGAGUGGGGCGGAAACUUGGUAAGAAUCGUCUUUUCGUCAUAUCCACUGUCAAAAAGUUUCUUUUUAUGAGCAGCGUGUAAUGGUGGAGUAGAAGUUGUUUCAACUAACUUCCCAAGAUGCAGAUCUUUGUUAAAACUUUGACUGGUAAGACCAUCACUCUUGAGGUCGAACCUUCGGAUACCAUCGAAAAUGUUAAGGCUAAGAUUCAAAACAAGGAGGGAAUUCCACCAGAUCAACAGCGUUUAAUUUUUGCUGGUAAACAAUUGGAAGAUGGACGUACUUUGUCGGACUACAAUAUACAAAAGGAAUCUACUCUUCACCUUGUAUUGCGAUUGAGGGGAGGUGCAAAGAAACGUAAGAAGAAGAAUUACUCCACCCCAAAAAAAAUCAAGCAUAAGAAGAAGAAGGUCAAGCUGGCUGUAUUGAAAUUUUAUAAAGUCGAAGACAAUGGUAAAAUCCACAGGUUGAGGCGUGAGUGUCCUGCUGAACAAUGCGGAGCUGGUGUCUUCAUGGCAGCCAUGGAAGACAGACAUUACUGUGGAAAGUGUGGAUACACACUUGUCUUCUCUAAACCAGAUGAUAAGUAAACUCCAAACCAGAUGAGAACUAAUUUAGGGUUUAAAAGUUUAUAAAAACUUGUAUUAUUUCUAAAUAAAGUAAUACAAGGAUUAGACUUGUUAUGGAGCAUU